AUGAAGCAAUUACUGACAUGGCAGAAGCCAACGACCGACCCAUGUCUUCCCGGUCAGAUCGCCGUUCCGGUCGGGCGUCUGGCGCCACGGUUUCCCGGAUCCCCUUCCUCCCCGGACCACCUAAAUCUCAAUAUCAAGGUCUCGUCCAACAAACUGCGCCAAGCCACAGUCGGCCGCGAUGGUGUGAGGACGGAGCAUCAAAUCUCCGUCAACAGCCGUGACAGCUUUUCUGGCGGCGAGAUCCUAUCUGGAAAGCGGACGCGGGGUGCAAGGAAGAAUUAUGUCGUCGAUAGUGAUAGCGAUGAAGACGACGAUGACGCCGAGAUGGAAGAAGAUGACGAAGAGCAAGAUAACGACGAAGAAGACGAUGAUAUGGACGGGGCAGGCGAAGAAGACGCUGACGGAGAGGCUGAUGAAAUGGAGCUUGACGCGGAUGGCGAAGCGGACGACGACUUUGGCGAGGCGGACGUCGACAUGGAUACUAGCAUCACCGUGGGACGCGACCCAGGUCCGAGCGACAUCGAGGAGACCAUCACGUACGGUGAUACGACGCUAGGCGGCGGUGACGACGACGACGAAGACGACGACGAGGACGAAGAAGACGCCGAGGGCGAGGAGGAAAUUGAGGUCGCCGCCGAAGGGGAGGAGGGUCAGGAGGGCGAGGGCGAAGAGGAUGCCGAGGGAGAAGAGGAUGCUGGGGAGCUCGACAGCGACGACGACGCCGGGAGCGAGACUGUCGACCUGACCAAGAUGACGAGGCGGCAGAGGGCGAGAUUCGAAGAUAUACCGACCGAGCAUAUGAAGCUCUCCGACGAGGUCCAGGUGAAAAAGCACUUCACCGCAGAAGAACACGCAAUGCGCCGCGCCGAAAUGGCCCGCCGUCGCCGCAACCUAAGCGAAAAACGCACCGAAGAAGUCAAGAUGGAAACCAUCAACAAGCUCCUCAAGAAACAAGCCCCCAAGACCAACCGCCGCACCAACCCCGCCACCGGCGCCGAAGAGGACAUCGACGCCGAAACUGGCUUGCCCAGGCCCGAUCCCACUUCUUUCCGGUGGGUCAGCGACCGCGCCGGCAGCCGCAUCGCUUUGCCGGGCGAACUGCUCGCCUCGCACGCCGGCGACGUCUUCCGCGCCGGCGACGUCUUCCGCGCCGGCGGCGGCCUGGGAUCCGGCAAGAUGGUGGAAGAGGUGCAGUGA